AUGUCUGAAGCAGCAGCCUUCACUCAAGAGGACUUGAAUCAGGAACCAUAUGUCUACGCAAGUGCCAUCAACUUUUUUGAUAUUCUUUCUAUCGUAGCACUUAUUUACAUUACAUUCCGAAUUCUAAGAUGGAUAAUCAACUCUGUAUCUUCGCCUCUCCAUAAAAAGUAUUGUCAUGAUAACACUAUUGAAAAACGAAUGAUGAGAGAACAUGCGAAAGGAGUUCUCCCUAUUUUACCUCGUUUUGAAUUUAUUAAAUCAACUAAUAAUGAAAGUAUCAUGAAGAAGCAUUUAAAGAAAAUAUUUAUUAACAAUAAUGACCCAAAUGCGCAAGAAGAAUGGCAGGAAGGAAUUGAAGUUGAAUAUAUUUGUAAAAUUGCUGGAAAGCAUCAUGGAGAGAGAGUUACUUUUGAAAAUAAUCUUCAUUCUUAUGAAUCCAAUUCUCCUUUAUUUUCCGAUGAACAACUAACACACGACACUUCUUCUACGACUAACUUAUUGGAACAUAUUCAUGACAUUUAUUAUGUUAUUCCUGGAAAUCCUGGUAAUUGUUUGAUAUAUCACAACUUUAUGGAAGAAAUUUGUAAAAAAUUAGAAAAUAGAAACUCUAAUUCUCUUCACUUGGUGGUUGCAGUGAGUUUAAGAGGUCAUUCCUAUUACUAUCCAAGUAGAUGGUGGAAAAAUGAGAAAAUAAGUCAUACGAGUCAUUCCACUACAUCGAGAUCACUCUAUGAUCAACUCGAAGUGUACAACUUGGAGGAUCAAAUUGACUACCAUUUGACUGUCAUUCAACAAUUACACAAACAAAUGUUAAAGAAACUCUCCAAGAACCGUUCACAACCAACUUUGAAAAUUCAUCUUUUAGGUCAUAGUGUUGGGUGCUACAUUAUUUCUCGAGUUUUGGAAAGAAUGCACCUUUUGAAUUUAUCUGAAUUUUAUUCCAAGUGUAUUGGAAAUAUUUUCUUUUAUUAUCCAACGUUGCAAAACAUGCAUAAGGAAACUCCAAAUGGUCAAUCCAUGUUGCAAUACUUCAUUCAACCUCACAUUAGAAAACAUUUAUGCAACUUGUUACACAACAUUGCAUCUCCACUCCUACCAAGUUUUAUUAUUAGACUGUUGAGAAGCUCACAACCCAUUCUAGUUCCUUUUGCUCCUUAUUAUUUUGAUAGCAUGAGAAUUAUUAAGAAUGUCACCACAUUGGCAUGUCAUGAAUUUAAUGAAAUUUUACAUUCAUUUGGAGUAUUGUCCAAUAAGGAAAAUGAAAUGAACACAUUUAAACAAGUGCUUAGAGAUAAAAAGCACAAUAUUUAUGCAAUCUUCAGCACUUCAGAUUUAUGGGUCCCUAGAAAACACCUUCUUUCAUUCCUGGAGCACGUAUUUGAUAUUUGCUUUGAGAAAACACAUGACAUGUUGCUUAACCCUUCAAUAAUGAAUGAUCAAGAUUUUUGUAAGCAUGUGAACGAAUACAUGAUUCAAUCCAAGAAUGUGAACCAAGGUCAAUUGAAUAUCAACACCACUACCAAACAUGCCUAUGUCAUUCAUCAUGAAGAUUUACACGAGACUUCAGAGCUUAUCUUGAAAGCAUCAACAUUGUUUGCUCAGCCACAAGAGAGGAACAUUUGA